GAUCUCGCUGGAGCAGGGAGCCGGUGCCGAGGGGAGCAGUAGGGUUGGUGUAUUCGGGGAAUCUGCAUGCAUGUACAUACUGUAGUGUAUCGGGCGCAACUCUUGAGAUUGAAGACGAACCCGUAUUAAGAAACAAAUAAGCACCAUUUGUUUUUUUCCACUGGCGCUAUUGCUUUCUGCAGUCCGGCAGAAUUCUCUGAGCCAGGAAAAAAAAAAAGAGACGUGGAGUUUGAACUUAAUAGCAGCCGACAGCAAUCAAUGGUUUCAGCUAUGGUACCUGAAUGAAAAGGAAAGCCAAGGACUGAUUAACCAAGACCGUAAAAUCAAGUAUGAAAGCUUCUUGAAACCCUCCAUGAAAAGUGACAAUUUAGACUAACCAGUCAUUGUCAGACAUAACCUGCUUAUCCCUGGGAGGAAGGAGGAAAAUCAUGCAAGAAUGAAGAUGGGCAUGAAGAAAAUAACACCUCUGUUCAGCCAGGCACUCCGAGCCACACUCCAAACCAAGAUCCUCACCCAUUUGUACAGGACAGGAAUAGAAGCAAACCCAAUAAUCAUCUCCGAGCGCCUGAACAAAGAACUGGUCUUCUGCAUGAUAAAUUCUGCCACUGCGAAGCUUAGGUAAUAAAUUACACAACCCAAAGCAGACCGCCUUCCACGGAUGUCUGCGCCCCCCGGCAGGCGUUCCCCAGAUCUCUGAUGGCUCCCCUCCUGAGCGAUGUGGUUCUACCAGGGUCAGGGGUCACAAGCGGGGAGCAUGCCGCCGUGGUAGGCGCCCUGACGGCAGCGGGCGCCUUCCUGCUCCUGUCCCUGCUCGUCUUUCUGUGUGCCAGCUGCCAGGGAGAAAAGAAAACCUCCAAGUCCAACGGAGACCACGAAAAUCUGAUAAAUGGGGUGUCUGAAAGAGAAACACUUCGCCAGUCUGCUGGCAGUCAUGAGCACAUCAUAUCAAGAAGUUGCUCUCAAAAUGGGCCGCUGACCAGUGGCACUGUUCUUUCAGACAACUCUGGAGACACCAGCCCCCAGCCAUCUGAAGAAAUGUUGUCCAGCCAGGAGGAGGUCCAGGAUAGCCAAGGGAAGUUCUCCAAGGGCCAUCAGGAUCGGGAGCUUCCCAGCAUACCCCCUGACAGCGCUCUGAAGUGUGCCCUGGACGCUGCAGGCGCUGCUGCGGACUCCCCCUACGAGGUGGUGAAAGAGAGCACCUCCCAGGACGCUAACAUCGAGGACUCGCUGUACGAGACAUUGAAGGAGAUCAAGGGCCAGGACCCUGUGCCUAACAACUGUCCGGCUCCGACCCGGAGCCAGGCCGAGACUGCUCCCACCCAGGGGGACGAGAGCCCCGGCGCCGUCUCCGAAAGCCCGGCCGUCGAGUACGCCUCCAUCGACUUCAAGAAGAAGAGCCGGCGCUCCGUGAACGCAGAGCCCCCCUCCAGCCAGACGGAGCCGGCAGACGACGACGCGCCGCCCCUCCCCCACAAAGCCCCGGACGAGCACGAGAGCCGGGCCCGGCCCGGCGCUGAGGGCACAGAGCACGACGAUGGAGAGCCGGAGAAGAGAGACAGUACUUCCAGCUACAGAUCUCGGCAGGAAAAUCCCUCCCUUUCAGAGGAUGAGAUAUCGGCUAUGUAUUCCAGUGUCGUUAAACCGUCCAUUAAGCUGAAGGAUCAAGACUGCAGCUGUGCUGGCGGGACGAACAGUUCGGGAUCUUCCGCUGUCCCCAGCGAUCUGUACGCCUCGGUGAACGAUGUUUACCAGGAACACACCCCUGAGGUUCCACCAAAAUCUGAAGAAAUGGUGGCAGAAAACACGGACCCUGGCUACGAAACAGUCAGGAUUUUAACAAAGGGAGGUGGAAGGACAGGGCCCGAGUCGGAAACUGACCAGUCGCCGGGCGUUCAGGAGCCCGACUACGAAAGUGUGGGCAACUUGGAGUGUUCUCGGUUGUGAACGUCCCACAGCAGACGUCCUGGACUAAGACUGAAAGAAAGGACUGGGCUGCAAACACUUUCCCCCAAUGUGAUAAAUCAUACCUUCUGUUUUUGCCGUUUUAUCAAUGAAAUCCAAACCUGUGUUUCUUUCAGAAUCUGGCUUUUAGUGAUGUUGCGGUUCCUACAAGGGCUUUUUGAACUUCUCGGAACCUGGUUUAAACUUCACGAGUUUAAUUUUUUUUUUUAGAGAGAGAGAUUUACACACCCUUUUCGUGGCGCAGCCUCUCCGUUCCUCUCAUAUUGUGUUUCCUGGAUGAUUCUUAUCUGGUUCUCCCUGCCCAAGGUGUUACCAUUCCUACUGCUGUUCCCAGAAUGCCAGUUCUUCAGAAACAGCUCUUCAUAGCUGGGUGCUUGUAUAUUGAUGGUGUACUGUAUGUAUAUCAGUGGUGCAUCUGUGACCUCAGAGCUAUGUCAAACUGUAAUCGCCCUCCCCAUCCAAAGUACUUUUGCUGGAGGAAUUUCAAAAGCAAAAGCCGAGAAGAAGCCCCACAGAACGAUCUUUAAAAAGCCGCGGAAGGGACAAGAAUGAAAUGGCAGUAUAACUUUGAACAGUCCUGUAAUUGUUCAUUCUGAAUUUGGAAUCUUCUAAAGAGGCUAUUUUAAACUUUUUCAUCUUGGUACGCUGAACCACAGAUCGUUUUUCGUCCCCGAGGAAUUGCAGUCUUUAUGACAUGAGUCUUAAACCACGAGAUGAGGUCCUCAAUAACCUCAACCAGUUGUCAUCAGUUAAGUAAUAGAGAGUUGGGAUUGGAGAGGAAACCACAAAGCCUUGUGGCUUUUCAGAACCAGGGUUUAAGACUCCUGUCAUGGAUCAUAAAAGGAGAGGAAUUUCUGACUUGCUUUUGCAGUGAAAACUGUGCUAUGUAAAGGUUUUAACAACCUCAGUUCUUCAUAUCUCAAAAUGGCUUUUUUGCAUUUUUUUUCCAAUUAAUAUGAUUUUGACAAAGUAAUAUGGCACUUAAUAUGACUGGAAUGGUGAAGCUGGUUGGCUUAUUCAGUGCUGGUCAAUGGCUGGCUGUUGUGGUACUCUAAUGGUAACAUGUAAAAUUGUAUUGCUUUUUAAAUAAUGGAUCUGAUUCUUGACGCCUGAUGUCUGAUGCCAGUAGGGAAACCGCCCUAUUGAAACUGAGACUCCAAGAGCUUCGGGCAAAGCAGAAGAAAUGGCAGGUCUGUAGUUUUUGGUGGGUACUGUAGUACAACUCAGGACCUGUACGAAAUUAAUGUAACAUGCACUUUACUUCAGGGAUGAAAUAGGUACGUCAUUACACUAUCGCAGUGAUUACAGUAAACAAGGUUCGAUAUGUCUUUUUAAAAAAACUCAGUGGAAACAUCUGUUGUUUUGCAGAGUUGUCCAGAAAACAAAGUCGUCCUAUUUGAACUACAACAGGAAGAAAAGUAAAGGUCCUAGAAUUUUGUUUGUUUUAUUUUGAGCCUGCUAAUUAGUUUUCUUUACACAGAUGCAUGUAGUCGCCCAGAAUGAUAAAGGUACACUGCACAGCGCUGUAACCGUAGAAGGGUAAUAUAUUAAGUACCUGCAGAUCCAGUUCUGUUUUGGGUAUUUGUUCUCAGUAACUCACAAUUAGGGCAGUCCUGUGCCCUCAAGAAAGGGGCUUUUCUCUCACUUCCCAGCAGGGUCCCCAAUUAGGGACACAUGAGCGAUUGAUUCUUGUCGGUACUCUUUUGUGUGUUUUUCAAAAGCCAGCAGCAGCAAACCUCAAAAGAUGCAAACAUCGGAGACAUCUGUCACCACUUUAGUCUCAGUCAGCAGGCAAAAGGCAUUUGAAAAUACUAAAAUUCAAACUGGGAAAUGACUGUUGAAAGCUGAUAUCAUCUGCCUUAUGACUCAUAAAGUAUUUAGAAUAUAAUAACAUUAUGGAGAAGCACUGCUUCCUAGUUUUGUUUUGACAGGAAUGCCAUUCUUUAGACAAAUAGUUAAACUAUUAAAAUCAUUGUUUUGUCUUGGCACACUAUUCUUGGAUAUAAUUCAAGUGCACUAUUGUCUUCAUUUGUUUCUUGUAGGGCUCUGAACGUUGGUCAGCAUAAUACAGGGUUGCUCUUGCUGUCUUAAAAUUCUUAAUUUGCAAUCCACUGUCAAGUGAGCUUUUGAAAUCUCAUGUUAAAUUUAGGUACUUAUGUUCGCAGCAGCCAUUUUGACUAAUGCAGAAUUCUUUCAAUGUAAGGUACUUACAUGUAAGUGUCAAGUUUUAUUUUAUUAACAAAAAUUGUAUUGAUGUUUUAUUGCCUUUUUUGUUCUUUGUAGAUAUUGGCGUUCCAAUCUUUUUUUAUAAGAUCACAUAAUGUUUUGUUUAAUACUAGCCAACAUACUGAGAGCAUAAAAGCAAAUUGUAGCUCCUGCACAUAGUAAAAAAUAGAAAGAAUUUAUAUUUAUGUCUCAGAUGAUAAGUUAUAUUAAAGGGGUAACUUUCUUUUUUAUUUAACCUCCACUUUAUUUUAUGCUAUGCACUAAAUGUUUCCAUUUUAACUAAAUGUUUAUAUACAGUAAGAGCCAUAUAUUGUCUUUAGUAUUGUCCACAAUUUGGUCUCGGAACUGAUCUAACAUUGAUGUCACAGUAAUGAAUUGAGAUGUAGGAAAGAAAAUACUGUAGGAAAAUCACCUACACUCCUGUAUCUACAACAAAACCACAACACAUAAAGGUCUUAGUAAGAACAGUGAAGUCAAGCACAGGUAUUUCAGUUACAAAAAUGGAGGUCUGGUUUUCCACUGUGGGCAAAUAGCUUAUGUACAUAACUUAAAAUGAAGUGGGCAGUUUUCUCCACAGUGGAAAAUAAGUGUCUGUCUUGCAUGUUUUCAGUUUUUAAAUUAAGUAACUACGAAAAAUAAUAUGCCUGCCACCAAGCCAGAAAUGUUCUAAAGGCCUAAUGGACGAAAAAUUGCCUUUUUUAAAACUCCCUGUUCAAGUGGAUUUUUGUGAAGAACACAGCUGUUGACUUCUUAAACAGCUCUUGAUAACUCUGGAAAAUUACAUGGUUUCGAAAGGAACGUAAGACCAAUUGUGUGGAGCAAUUGUUAAUGUUUGUUCGGUAUUAGCAAGCCAGCAGCUAUAAAUGUAAUAGUUUACAAAUGUGGCUGGAAAUGAUUAAACUAAAACGGGUCACCACCUAGUUAAUGAUAACGAUAUUUUCUCAUUCGAUUUUUCUGACAAAUUGUUUUGCCUCUAGCUUUUAUGUAAAGAGAUUUUAAUCGCUAUGUUUUUUAUUGAUCUAAUGAUGAUUUAAUGAUGAUCUAUUGCUGUUGCUAGACGUUUGUCAUACAUUUCACUAGAGGGGAAACCCUGAGAGACUGGCAUGCCAAGUAGGAGUUGGCAAUUCAACUUAAAUUGAAAGAAAAUCGAACAUAACAUGUAAAAUACUUUGCACUUAAUUAGACCGGUAGGCUUACUGUAUAUCUUUCUGUGUGAAACCUGGGAUAAAUGUUUUACUCCUUCAAUUUGAUGGUGAAACCUUAACCAAUAUGAAUCUGAGAAUUUGAUGAAAACACUUUUCCGAUUUGGAUAUCACAUAUCCCAUUUGCAGGCAUUGGAGACUAAGCUCAAUUCUGACGAAUUUUUCUUCCAAUCUUGUAACAUUUUUGGGGGGUAUUCAUGAUAAAAUCUCCAUCCACGUUCAGUUACUGCUUUAACCUCAGGAGGUUAAGGUGAGCUAGAGAAAAACUCCACUGGCACUGCGGCGACAUCCUGGGUUGGGGUAGAAGCCCAUCAGAGGACACACACACAACUACUAAGAAAUGCAUGUAUUUGGAUCAUGGGGAAAAAAUCUUGAGUUUGCAGACAACACCCACACAAACAUAGGAAGACCAUGCAAACUGUUACCCCAAUCUGGGAAUUGAACCCAGAACCCAGGGGAAAUGAGUUGGCCAACUGCUAUUCUCUUGUGCUACCCCUCAUUACCGAUAUUCCAUGAAAUUUAAAAAGGAUUUCAAUGCACCUAUUUUAGAACUAUUUCUAAAUUCUUUUUCAACACCCUUUCUGUGAUUGCUGUAUUGAAAAUAGCUUCUGUAUAUAUUGAAAAAGGAAAUUUUGUGUGAAGAUUAAGAUGUCUUACAGUGUUAUGCGGAGUGUGAAAAGAUUGUAUUUGUAUAUGAUUGUAUUUUUCUAGGUUUUGUUGGUAAUUCCAUAAAACGAGAGAUGAUAAAAACAGAUGUUUGUAGUGGUACAUUAGUAUAGUUUAACAGCAAGGGUUAUGAUACAACUUUAAGGGAAACGUAAUGUUCUGUGAGUAUCACAGCAAGUAGUGUGUUAAUAGACAAGUCUGUCAGAAAUGCCAUUUUUAUUGAAGGCUCAUGACCAGUGCCAUUUUACCUGUACAUAUGGUACAUUUUGCAAACAGUGCACAACUGGCUUCCUGAAAUGAGCUGAUAUGAUUUUGCAAAGUCUCAAUUCCAACGAGUCAGUAUUAAAACAACGUGUCAGCAGAAACACUAUGGGUUGGUUGUUGUUGGGGUUUUUUUUGGUAUUGUUCUGGUACACAAAUGUAUAAAGGGAGGUAUUUUCAAGGUGCCGUCCCAUUCUUUACUUCAUGCUGUGGUUUCGUUUGUCAAACGACACGUCCUUGGUGGUACUGUACUUCGUUUCAAGAUGGGGGAGCUGGAAGGUACUGAAAUGAGGGCACAGUUUUACCAGUGUUCAGACAUGACAGUUGAACAUCAUCAAAAUGCUAGGGGUUUUGUCGAUAAAAACGGGUAUUGUUGAUGAGAACAUUUUCAGGCCCGUUAGAAAGACAUUCAAAAUAUCAGUAGUCUCUUUAUGACAUCCUGCAUAAUGUGCCAAAUUACGUUUCCAGGUUAACUAGAAAUUAUGUCGGACUGUAUCCUGUAAUCUGUAUUGCAAUGUUUCAAAUGGUUGUAUACAAUUAUCACACAAAAUGUUUUAUGAACAUUUUAAUAGUACUAUUUUAGUUUACUUUUUUUUGCAUUUUUGUAAAUCACUUUGCAGUGACUCUUUGAAAAUAACUGUACUACCCAUAAAAUGUUAUUUAAUUUUAAAGUUGCAAGUCAUUUGGAUCUUUUCAUAUAAACACCUCUAAAACAGGAAA